CUACUGUAGGACUACGUGAUAGCUCCGCCUCUCUGUUUGUUUCACUUCUUAAGAAAGAGGAAUUGUUCCUUUUGUAAAGGUUAUUUUCUCCUAACACGUGAAGUUUAUUUGGUUUCAAAAAAGAGGUCUGAGUUGCCAUACCAUAUUGAACCACAACCAGACAUCUGAGCUGAACCUGGGAAAGUAGAUCGUCACCUAUCAAAUUGACUUAGAGGGGAAAAAACUUUGAAAGGAAGGAAAAUAUGGAUCUAAUGAAACUCAUAUUAUUGCCCUUGUUCUACGCUUGUUUUAGUGCCCACUGUGCAGGCACUACAAAUGCACGCAAGUCAGCUUGCAUGAUUAAGAAUGCCAAAGCAGACUGUAGUCAUAUGAAUCUGGAUGCAAUUCCAACGGACUUACCUACAAAUAUUACCACACUGGAUGUAUCUCACAACAGACUUAAAACUCUGUCUUCUCUACACAUGUACACAAAUCUGGUGAAUAUAGAUGCGAGCUACAACUCUUUAGCUGGCAUAGAAAAGGAUCUCUGUCUUUCUCUGCCGCACCUGCAAUUUCUUAAUGUGCAACACAAUCAAGUGUAUUUGAUAAGCGAAAAAAACCUGAAAAACUGUUUUCAUUUGACACAACUUGACCUGUCUGACAAUAAGCUGAAGCUACAAGGGGAGCCAUUCUCUCUCUUAAAGAAUUUAACAUGGUUGGAUGUAUCUCGAAACAAACUGACAUCUGCUAAACUGGGAACAGAACCUCAGCUGCCAAACCUGGUGACCCUGGUUCUCUCUGGAAAUAACAUUAACAUACUGCAAAAGAAUGACUUCUCAUUUCUCAGUAAUUCUUCUUCAUUUCGGGUUCUGAUUCUCUCAUCUCUGAUUCUUAAAAAGGUGGAGAAUGGGUGUUUCAAGGCUAUCGAUACACUGUCUGACUUGGUGUUGGAUAGCAGCAAGCUCACCUCUCAGUUUACCACCAGUCUUUUUGAAGAACUUGCUGACACAGCCUUGCGAAACCUUUCUCUUAAGAGCACUGAACAGGUGACACUGUCAAACACAACUUUCCAAGGUCUAGAGAAGACCAAGAUCAAAGUUCUGGACCUUAGUGAAAACAGAAUUUCAAAGAUUGUAGAUGGUGCCUUUCAGUGGUUGCCCCAACUGGAAUUUUUGUCUCUGGAGCAUAACACAAUUAGACACCUAACUAAUGACUCAUUCAGUGGACUAGGAAACCUAAGGCAGCUCAACCUGCGGAAAGCCCUAAUUAAGAGUCAUGCAUCUUUACCUGUUAUUGAUGACUUUUCCUUCCAACAUCUAGUCCAGUUGGAAUAUUUGUGUAUGGCAAAUACUGCCUUCCGAGAGUUAACUGAACAAAUCUUUUUUGGCCUUCGGAACCUGAAGACAUUGGAUUUGAGUUGGAGCAUCACAGGGAUAAAGACAGUCACAAAUAAAACCUUUGCUGGUCUGCAAGAAUCUCCACUCCUUCAGACUCUUAAUCUUACAGGCAUGGGCAUCAACAAGUUGGAGCCUGGUGCCUUCUCAAGUUUAGGAAAUCUCAGCAACCUACUAAUGAGUCGCAAUUUUAUCAAUCAGCAGUUACAAGGGAAUGAGUUCAAGGGCCUCUCUAACAUUAAAGAGAUUGACAUGUCUAUAAACCAGCAAAGUAUUUCCCUCACCAAUGCAUCAUUCGUUCAUGUCUCUACAUUGAGGACCCUAAAGCUAGGUCGUGCUUUAAAAGGGACUCUAGAUAUGGAACCAUCUCCUUUCAGGCCACUUGUCAACCUCACAAUCCUAGAUCUCAGUAAUAAUAAUAUUGCAAACAUAAAUGCUGACUUGUUGGAAGGUCUGUAUAAUCUAAAAGUGGUGAAAAUGCAGCACAACAACUUAGCUAGAUUGUGGAAAAUGGCAAACCCUGGUGGUCCGGUGCUGUUUCUGAAGGAUGCUACAAAUCUGUCGUAUCUGAAUCUGGAUUACAAUGGCAUCGAUGAGAUUCCACCUAAUGCUUUUCGUGGCUUCUCUGAGUUGCAUGAACUAAGUCUUCGUGGCAAUCUCUUGGAUCAGUUGCAUGCCUCUGUUUUUGAUGACCUAAACUCUUUAAAAUAUUUGCAUCUUCAAAAGAACCUUAUAACAUCUGUCCAAAGGGCUACGUUUGGUGUGCCACUGUCCAAACUGAAAGAACUUAACAUGGACCACAACCCAUUUGACUGCACCUGUGAGAGCAUCCUGUGGUUCUCUGAAUGGCUGAACUCCACCAACACCAGCGUUCCAGGAUUUCCUCAAAGUUAUAUCUGCAAUACCCCCAAUGCCUACUUUAAUCACUCUGUAAUGAACUUUGAUCCUUUGUCCUGCAAGGACAUGACACCUUUUAAGGCGCUGUACAUUUUGAGUAGUACGGCAGUGUUAAUGUUGUUGUUUAUAUCCUUCCUGGUACACUUCCAGGGAUGGAGAAUUCAGUUCUACUGGAAUAUAAUGGUAAACCGUAUGUUAGGGUCGCUGAAGGAUGCAAAAGUUACUGAAGGUAGAUUUCAAUUUGAUGCCUAUAUCAUCCACGCAGGUGAAGAUAAAUCAUGGGUGGAACGAAGCUUGCUCUCUCUGGAGGACAAAGAUUUAAAUUUUUUCUAUGAACAGAGAGAUUCUACACCUGGACAUUCUCGUCUUGAGACAAUUGUUGAUAACAUGGUAUACUCCAGGAAGAUCAUUUUUGUUAUAACAGAAAUGCUACUAAAGGAUCCAUGGUGUAGGCAAUUCAAAGCCCAUCAUGCUCUUCAUCAUGUAAUGGAGGAUAACCGCGACUCACUGAUCCUGAUUUUCUUGGAAGAUGUAACUGAUUACAACCUGAAUCGCUCUCUUCAUCUUCGUCGUGGCAUGUUGAAGCCUAAAUGUGUCCUCUACUGGCCUUUACACAAGGAACGCAUCCCAGCAUUUCAUCAGAAACUCCGCUCAGCAUUAGCCUCUACAAACAAGGUCAACUAGAAUUUUUUUCAAUAAGUAGUGCUGUACAUUUUUUGCUUUUAAACUGUCAAAUUAAUCGAAUCGCUCCCAUGAUACUGAAAGUUUCACUACUUUAUUUUCUUUUGUGGUCACAAUUGCAUAAUCUCAUUGGAAAUCCAAACAAGACACUUAUGCAGACAAAAGCCAACUGCCCUGGGUAUAGCGUAGUUCACAAAAAAAAAAAAAAAA